CCAGCCUCGGAAAACAAAGACAUUCUCUCGCACACCGGGGUUGAAACAACCGAUCCCCUUGGAUGCUAGCCCACUCGAUGUGUUUUCCAGGAUCUUUACCGAUCAGCUGUGGGACACGUUAUUGACCGAAACGAAUCGGUACGCGCAACAGGUACGAGCUCAGACCCCCACGACCUCAAGUGGACCCCGGUCCCGAAAACAGAAAUGAAAACAUUCCUCGGGCUGUGUCUUUGCUUUGGAAUUUUAAAGCAAACUACUGAUUACUGGAGGCAAACUAAGUGGCUCUACCAAACAAAUGUCAAGGGACCGUUUCGACAUGAUCUGGAGAUAUCUCCAUCUAGAAGAUAACUUGGACCCUGCCUUGGAUAAAUCCGAUAAGCUGUGGAAGAUCCAGCGGUUCAUGGACCUCCUCUUGCAUCAGUUCCAGGCCCUCUAUGAGGUCAAUGGGUUUGUGAGCGUGGAUGAGUCCAUGGUAAAAUACAAGGGAUGCCUUGCCUUCCGGCAGUACCUCCCCAUGAAGCCGGUGAAGUGGGGGAUAAAGGUGUGGGUCAUGGCAGAGAGCAAUACAGGCUGCGUAAACAAUUUUCAAGUUUACACAGGGGCCAUUGCAGGCAAGACCGAGACAGGCCUGGCUUACCGGAUUGUGUCAUACCUGGCUAAACCGUAUUUUGGGUCAAACUUGUGUGUUUACAUGGACAACUUGUACACCAGCGUGAAGUUGUUGCUGGAUCUGCAGGUCAGGGGUGUGCCUUUACAAUGCUUUGGUUAAAAUGUUAUUUGUUGUAUUUUAUAUCAUCGAUUUAUACUGUUUUUUCUUCUUAAUCUUGUUUUGAGAAUGUUUUUAAAAUGUUGCUGUUAUGGUUGUG